GCAAGUCAACCUUUCGUUUUGCUGUUGUACUCAGCCAGUGCAAAAAAAGAAGCUGGUGACUCUGAUUGAGUUUUGCAUUUUUGGUUUUUUUCUUUUUUCCCUUUAAUAAAGUAGAUCUAUAACAAUGUCUCGCUUGGAGCUCCUAACACCAGAAGGCUUGCGUGUGGAUGGUCGACGUGCCAAUGAAUUAAGAAAGAUUACAGCAAAGACAUCAGUCUUUAGCCAAUCGGAUGGUUCGGCUUAUAUAGAACAAGGUAAUACCAAGUGCCUUGCUGCUGUUUAUGGUCCAAGAGAGCUUCGUUUCCGUCAGCAAGGUGCAGCCGAUCGUGCGAUUAUCAACGUUGAAUUCAACAUUGCUCCUUUUAGUUCAACUGAACGUAAAAAGCGUUCAAAAAACGACAAACGUUCGUUAGAAGUUGCAGCCUUUAUCCGUCAAACAUUCGAACCUAUCAUCUUUACUUCCCAAAUGCCUAAAACACAAAUCAGCAUUUACCUUCAGAUAUUUCAGAACGAUGGUGGCUUAUUACAGGCUUGUAUUAAUGCAGCGUCUUUGGCAUUGAUCGAUGCUGGUAUUCCCAUGAUGGAUUUUGCAUGUGCUUGCUCAGCAGGCUGUAUCGAUAAAGAACCUGUUUUGGAUUUGAAUCAUUUGGAAGAAUCAGCAGAUACCCCAGAGUUGACAUUAGCGAUACUACCAAGAUCAGGAAAAGUGACUUUAUUAGAGAUGGAAUCAAGGCUUCAUAUAAGUAAAUUAGAAGGUGUGACGGAAUUAGCUAUGGAAGGCUGUCAGAAAAUCCAUAGCUAUUUGGAUCAAGUUGUUAGGGAAAACACAGAACAUCUCAUGUCGAAAUUGAAAGCCUAAUAAAACAAAUGAUUUUCGAUACGUUGGAAAUAAAGAAAUAUUUUUGUAAAUAGUUGUAGUGACAAUAAUGUUAAGAAGAGCAGGUCGAAAUUAAUGUUUAUAUAUAGGAAUACGAGUAGUUUUAGGGAACAAUGAAUUUUCAUUUUAAUUUG